UCCAACGCGACAGCUACUGUAGCCACGCUACUAGGCUCUCGCUUUGUGAAACACUACGGAUGCAACACUGUUACUGAGUGAAUGAGUUCAGAAACAAUCCCGUCGCCAAGAGGCAGACAAUAAAACUCUGCCAUUUACUGUAACGUUUAAAUGGAUGUGAAAGAGGAGACGUGUGAGGCUCACCUAAAUGUCAUGGAGGAGAGGACCAUAAAUUUUAAGGAGGAGGACUGUGAGUGGGAGAGUGUCCACCCCAAACAGGAGGGUCUGGACAUUAAGGAAGAGGACUGUGAACUGGGAUCAGUAAAUAUUAAAGAGGAGGAAGAAGAAGAGUGUGUCAGCACUGAGAUGGCCAGCUAUAGGAGUAUGGAGAGUGUCAAGGAAGAUGACCUCCAUUAUGGAGAUCAAGAUGGAGCAGUGACCGGGUUAGUCUCUUCUGUUAAUAUAAAACAUGAAUCAUUACAGUCUGACAGAAAGACAACUGAAAAAAUUUCAUCUCCUAGAACUGAGGAUUGUCAGCCACCACCUAAGACGUCAUCUAAAACAAGAAUCAAACUUCACUGCUGUUCUCAAUGUGGUAAAAUAUUUUCAAGGAGAAGCCAUCUUCAGAACCACCAAAGAAUUCACACAGGGGAGAAGCCAUAUGACUGUUCUGAAUGUGGUAAAGCGUUUUCUCGGAGAAGCUAUCUUCAGACCCAUCAAGUAAUUCACACAGGGGAGAAGCCGUAUUGCUGUUCUGAAUGUGGUAAAAAGUUUACACAGAGAAGCCAUCUUCAGAGCCACCAAAGAAUUCACACCAGGGAGAAACCAUAUUGCUGUUCUGAAUGUGGCAAAAAGUUUUCACGGAGAAGCAUUCUUCAGAUCCACCAAAGAAUUCAUACACGGGAGAAACUGUAUGACUGUUCUGAAUGUGGUAAAACGUUUUCACCGAGAAGCCAUCUUCAGAUCUACCAAAGAAUCCACACAGGACAGAAUCAAUAUUGCUGUUUUAAAUGUGGCAAAAAGUGUUCAUGGACAAGCCAUCUUCAGAGCCACCAAAGAAUUCACUCCGGGGAGAAGCCAUAUUUGUGCUCUGAAUGUGGAAAACAAUUCUCUUACAGUAGUAAUUUUAAGAUGCAUAUUAAAACUCACUCAGGAGAGAAGCCGUAUUGCUGCUCUGAAUGUGGUAAACAGUUUUCAAAGAGAAGCCAUCUUAAGAGACACCAAAGAAUUCACACAGGAGAGAAGCCGUAUGACUGUUCUGAAUGUGGUAAGACGUUUUCACAGAGUAGCAGUCUUCAGAUUCACCAAAGAAUUCAUACAGGGGAGAAGCCGUAUUGCUGUUCUGAUUGUGGUAAACAGUUUUCAGAUAGAAGCGGUUUUCAGUGCCACAAAAUAAUUCACACAGGACAGAAGCCAUAUGACUGUUCUGAAUGUGGUAAAAAGUUUUCACAGAGAAGCAGUGUUAAGAAACAUCAAAAAAUUCACACAAGAGAAAAAAAUGACAGAAACUCCCCCACCUUGUCCACAGAUGAACACAGUACAAUGGUAAGCAGCAGAAGAAAGGAUUCAAAAUGUUUUAUGAAAACAAAAAAAGAUAUAAUUGGGGAAACAAGUAAGUUACCAGCACCAGAAAGACACUGGGACCACAACUCAGACCGCACAAUGGAAAAUGAGGAGGUGCAGGUCACUUGUAGCACAGCGAUAGUUGAAGAUGACGAUGAAGAGACCACAUCUGCUGUGACAGAAGUGGACAAUGCUGGUGGAUCCACUGAGUUGCCAGCAAAGGAGCUGUAUAAGGUCCAUCUUCAAAAACAAAUAAGAAAAAGUGACAUGGAGAUGGACCUUAUACAGCUUCAAAUGGAGGCGAAAAGACUAUCCAUAAAAAAAGCAACAUUAGAAAUAGAAUUACUGGAGCAUCGCCUUAAGCAAGCUGGAAACCAGCAAUACUUCAUAAGUCAAGGAGAUGUCAGUGGAGAUAAGGACGCCGAGAAACCAGAAGUGAAUGGAGUAGUGCAGGAACCUGGUGAGAGUGGGAGCAGGGCUGGAGAAGGAAAGAAAGAUCACUGCAGUGUGGAAUGUGGCAGAGAAUUCUCUAACAGGAGUGCUCUUCAGAAACAAACGAGAGUUCACACGGGAGAGAAGACAUAUUGCUGUAAUGAAUGUGGUAAACAGUUUUCACAUAGAAGCAAUCUUCAGAGACACACGAGAGUUCACACAAGAGAGAAGCCAUAUUGCUGUAAUCAAUGUGGCAAACAGUUUUCACAGAUGGGCAGUCUUCAGAAACACACUAGAGUUCACACUGGAGAGAAGCCAUAUUGCUGUAAUGAAUGUGGCAAACAGUUUUCAGAGAUGGACGGUCUACAGAAACACACAAGAGUUCACACCGGAGAGAAGCCAUAUUGCUGUAAUGAGUGUGGUAAACAGUUUUCAGAAAUAGGCCAUCUACAGAAACACACAAGAGUUCAUACCGGAGAGAAGCCGUAUUGCUGUAAUGAAUGUGGUAAACAGUUUUCAGAGAUGGGCAGUCUUCAGAGACACACAAGAGUUCAUACUGGAGAGAAGCCAUUUUGCUGUAAUGAAUGUGGUAAACAGUUUUCACAUAUAAGCAAUCUUCAUAGACACACCAGAGUUCACAACAGAAUAAAAACAGUAGCAGUUCAAAAGUCAGUCCAGAAAACCAAGAACCCUUCAGGACUCAAGAGUGAGGUUCAGUCGUGUCCUGAAAAGUAAGCAAACUAAACUAUUGUUGAGAAAUGAAUCUCAAAGAGAAACCAUAUUGAUGUUUGGAAUGUGGCAAACAAAUCUGUCAGAGCAGUACACUUCAGAGAAGCACCAAAAUUCCCACUGGAGAGAAGUACAACUGAACUGUCCUGACUAAAGAGUGAGGUUCACUCCUGCCUGUACAGUAAGCACAUGUAACUGACACAAAUCCAUCCUGCUUAGUGUUGUAUCAAAAACUAAUCAACACGGAAGAGAAAUAGAAGUUUAUAUCCUUUUUCCUUUUCCACAAACAAAACAAAGAACAGGGUGUCAUACAAAUGGCUCCUCACCAAAGCCCCUACAGCCUCCACCAUGCGCCUAGCUUUGUUUUCAUAACAUACGUAUUACAUAUAGAACUAUUUACAACGUAUUAUACACAUUUCAUCAGAAAAAAGAAAAAAAAA